AUGGUAGGGGAGCCGCGCAGCCCGCCGGUGAAGGUGCUGGCCGCCCAGCUGAAGCUGUGCCGGCGGGCCGCGGGUGGACCCUGGCUGCUGGGACUGGAGGAGGCCGGGAAGGGCCUUCUGGCGGUGCCGGUGGUGGGGAUGCAGGGCAUAAUGCUGGUGGUGGAAGCCGGGGGCGCUCGGGGCAGCUCAGCCCGGCUGCAGGACGAGAGUGGCCCCUUCCUGGUGCUGGGGGUGGAGCGGGUCCCCAAAGGAAAAUAUGUAAUGGUGAUGGGCAUGGUACACUCCCGCAGUCCAGAGCCUGUUCUUCAAUCUGUGAAGAUGACAGAUUUUUCUGAUAAUCCUAUACACAGGAGCAUGUAG